UCGGGCAUCUCAAAGCUCACAGCCUCAAAGUAGGAGAUUUUCGCUCCAAAAACCAGAAAAAGGGAAUAAAGAAAAUAAACAAAAAAACUAACCUUUUUGUUAUUUUUUUGGCCUCAUCUCAUGUUUGUUCCUCGUCCAAAUUUUCGUUGUCACUGACAUUUUCUUUCUUGGAGAAGUCCUUUCUUAUUUUCGUGAUUGAAAACUUUGAAAGUGUCGGUAUCAUCCGAUUUCGGGGACAUUCCUGUGAGUUGAAUUGCUCCAUUACGGCUUCUUUCUGCUGCAUUCCAUGAGAUACCGGCGGAAGAGUCGUAUAGAUUUUUCCUCGUCUCAUGAGGAUUGAUUGUAGGAGAUGAGUUGCAGCAACCGAUCGAUCAUUCAUCUUUUGAUGAUCUCUGGGGGAAAAGCAAGAGAAAUAGGAUUGAAAAGAUAGAUUGAUUGGUACGAGGAUAUACAUGAGCGAAAAUGUUCUUCGAUCAGCCAGGUAGAACGUCUCUGCCACCUCCACUGGCAGAGAAGAUAACGGAUGAUCCCGUGACCGUUAAAACUGCCCAGAGCACGGUGACCCUCGCAUACCAGGCCAACAUUGCGGGUUUCUGGCACAACGUGACAGUCGUCUGGUGCAAGAACCUGAUGAACCAUUCCCUCUGCAUCACCAUCGACAGCCUGGAGGGCAACUUUCACUACACGUGCAAGGUCGACCUGAAGCCCUGGCAUUUUUGGAGCAAGAAGGGUUACAAGUCAUUCGAGGUCGAGUCAAAUAGGGUCGAUGUGUACUGGGACCUCCGGUCAGCUAAAUUCUCCAGCAGCCCUGAGCCCUGCUCCGACUACUACGUCGCCCUGGUCUCGGAAGAAGAGGUUGUGCUGCUAUUGGGAGAUUACAAGAAGAAGGCUUACAAGAGGACCAAAUCGAGGCCAGCCCUUGUGGACGCUAUCCUAUUCUACAAGAAGGAGAACGUCUUUGGUAAGAAGAGCUUCUCCACAAGAGCAAGGUUCGAUGAGAGAACGAAAGAGCAUGAGAUCAUAGUCGAGGGCACGACUUCCGGGCCCAGAGAUCCAGAGAUGUGGAUCAGCGUGGACGGGAUUGUACUCAUACACGUGAGAAACCUGCACUGGAAGUUCCGGGGGAACCAGACCGUGAUGGUCAACAAGCUACCCGUCCAGGUAUUCUGGGAUGUCCACGACUGGCUCUUCAAGAGCCCUGGCACAGGUCAUGGGCUAUUCAUCUUCAAGCCGGGGCAGGCCGACUGCGAGAGCGACCGGGAUGGGAGUAGUCGAGGGGAAAACAGCGACAACAGCACUGGAAGCAGGUAUUACCCAGCCCAAACGGGAUUCCCUACCGCGGAGUUUUGCCUCUUCUUAUACGCAUGGAAGAUCGAGUGAGAUUUUGGGAAACAUAGAAGGUCAAUUGAUUUGUUUCCCAGCUGUAAUUGUAAGCCACUCUUGGUAUGUAUGCAUGUAUAGAGUUCAUUGAUCGGGAUUUAUGAUCACAUAGGCAGAAAGUUCUAUUCUUGCUUUUGCUUUUUCUCUUGUUUCAUAUAUAACUAAUUCUCACUUUGCGUAUGAAAUAAGUUUGUAAAUACAAUGCAAUAACCUAUAUUCCCCGAA